AUGAGUGGUGGUGUGGGGAUGCGGACCUGGUGUGCCGCGAGCACUGCGUCAAGAGAUAGCACUGCGCACAAAGAGCCGGGUGAUGAAGAGCAGAAUUCAUCAGACGAAACCAAACAAUACGCAGACGACACAGUGAGCUGUAUUUCUGAGGCUCAGCUGUCGCCAGAUGGCACGUGCAUCUUCACCACAGACUAUUCACGGAAGUUCUCCGUCUAUCCGUUUACCUCCAAUAUUGCUGCCGAACAAAAACAACAGAGGCUGGUACCGUACGCACAAUUUCCUUCAUCGGAUCCUAUAUGGGCAUUCGCGGUCAAUCCAUACUUUAACGUGAAUGACCACAGCACCAGUACCGUCUUGAUCAGCCGCAAGGAUCAGUACAUCGGCCUUCACAAUGCACUCUGGGAUAUAUCCAAAAACCAAGAAAGCGUCCAAAAGUCUUCCCAAACAGGUCCUGUGGACAUCUCCUCUAAGAUCACUAGCUACAAGCUUGUCGACAAACUAACAGAAGCCGUGAAAGCACCAAUAAGCCUAGCAUGGUCCCCUUGCGGCGCCUACUUCUACGCGGGCCAAAAGAACGAGAUAGCCGUGUUUGACCUCACAUACACCGACGAUCCUGUGUCCAAAAUACGCACCAUCCCUUCAACGCGGAACAAGCUCAAAGGCGGAGGCUGGGGCUUCAAAGGCGAUGUUUCCGCACUUGCUCCUUCCACCACCAAUGCAGAGAUGCUGGCUGCAGGGACGCGAUCGCGCUAUGUCGGUAUCUAUGACGUUCAAUCGAAUACAGAAAUCACACACUUCCCCUUGCCUGGCAUGAUCAACGGAAGACGAAUCAAGAAUGAUAAAUUGCAAGAUGUCAUCGGCGAAGGCGUAACGCAGCUGAAAUGGAGUCCGGAUGGAACAUACCUCUACGUCGCGGAGCGAACUUCAGACGCCCUUCUCAUUUACGACGUGCGCAACUUCAGCCUCGCGCUGGCUCACUGCGCUGGUCGGAAGGCACUCACACGCCAGAAGAUGUGUUUCGAUGUUUGGGCCCAGAAGGACGAAUACAAUACUGGAGGAUCCCAUGAAAUCUGGGCUGGUGGCACAGACGGGAAAGUGAGGGUGUGGAGGAAUCCAUGCUUGCGCGAAGGCGCCGUGGAGGCGGAUGAGGUCAUUGAUGUAGGAGAGGAUCCGGUUAGCAACGUGCUUGUACAUCCAUAUGGACACGCUGCUGUAGUUUCAAGAGGCAGAUACGAAGUUGGUGGUGAGCAAGAAGGGAAAGGUAUCACGAGAGUAGGCACAACGCACCCUACGUACAGUGAGUGGGGUUGUCUCGACAUCUUGGGACUGGGAGGUUAUUGA